AACCCCUAUAUAUAUAUACCCCUACCUCCAGCCAUAAACAUCAAUAAUAUACUCAGAUAUGGCGGCUUACGAAACCGAUGAGAUCAUAACGCCUGACUAUGAUGUUCUUGAAUUCAUUCGACAGCAUUUGCUGAACGACUUUGAAGAUUAUCCGGUGACGCCACCGGAGCUCUUCUUCCUGAGCGAUAACUGCGUGGAAUUGGCAAUGCCAGAGAAUGUGUCCGUGGCGCCGGAAAUGGAUUUCCCUGAAUGGACGGAGGUUUUGAAUUUCCCGCCGGUGGCGGCGGAUCAGCCGGAGAAGGAGGUUGCAGCGGCGGAGCCGCCAACGGGGAAACGUUACAGGGGAGUAAGGAUGCGGCCGUGGGGUAAGUUUGCCGCCGAAAUAAGGGACCCGGCGAAAAAUGGGAAGCGCCGGUGGCUGGGCACGUACGGGACGGCGGAAGAGGCGGCGUUGGCGUAUGACCGGGCGGCGUUCUGCUUGCGCGGGACUCGCGCUUUGUUGAAUUUCCCAUGGAGGAUAAAUUCCGGUGAACCGGCGCCGGUGAGAAUCACUUCGAGGAAGAGGAGGUCAGCAUCAUCGGAAACUCAUGAUGAUCCGGUUAAGAGAAGGAAUUGAAGAACAUGGCAAGCUAGCUUGUAGGCAUAUAAUGAAUAAU